CUCUGGGCUCUCUCUUCAGCAGCUCUGGGGACUGAUAGCCAAGAACCCAGGGACUUACUGGCUAGGGGGACGUGUGUUCUUCUCAUGGCUGCUUUAACAUCCCUAGGACACUGGCAGAGUUUUGUGAUCAGCGUUUAGGACGCAGAGGAGAACUAGUAUUUAUCAGCCGAGCACUACGUGACGGGUCCUGCUAAGGUCUACUCAUGACCGUUGCUGUUCCCAUUUUACAGAUGAAAAAACUGACAUGGGGAGUUAAAUAAAUUAUUCACAGCCACGCACCAGCAGAUAAUCACACUAAGGCUUGAAACCUGAUAUCAUGCCAAAGAUCAUACUACUAAUAAACCACAUUGAAGAACCAGGCUUUGUUUGGUGACCUUUACCAAAUGCCAGCUCGACCAAACAUCUUGGAUUUCUGACCUGUCCCUCCAGAUGGUGCUGUUGGUGAUGUUAAGGGGUGUCGGAGGGCGUGCUUCUUUGUGGGAUAACAGAGGAGGGAUACCGAGAGAACUUGACUGGAGGUACACCAGGGGCGGGUGUGCAGGGAGGUUCCCAGUCUGCCUUCUGCUUUGUGAGCCCCUGGGUGUCUGCUUCGUGUGUGGCUUGUUUGGCUUGAACGUCUGGUCCCGUGGCCACCUGGGGCAAGCGCUGGAAACACUACUGUCCAUAGUGAGCACAGAUGUCUGUGCCGCCAGCACUUCGGAUUUCGGCAUAAGGUGUCACUAGGGUGUCCUAUGCACAUGCGGGAGGACACAGGCAUCCAUGAGUGACAAUGCGCCCACGGUGAGCUGCACCCAGUUAGGCCACACGCUGAGUGUUGUCACUGCGUCCUCUGAUUUCUGUAACUCGGGCCAGCCGUGCAAAACUGCUGUGGACUUUAGUUCUUUGUUUCCUUCUGUCGAAUCUGUCUUGUGUCCCAGGUGGCCACAGGAUCAACUUCAUAGGGUUUUGGUGAAGAUCAGAUAGAAUUAGGCAGGUGAAAAGGACUUGAAAAGUUUAAAGCGCAGAGAAAGUGCAUGGGAAUAUAUCCAUACAUCCCAUUCACCUGUUCAACGAACAUUCUAGGUCCUAUUAGUUGUAGAUACGCAGUUAACGAAACAGGCCAAAAUCCUUGCCCUCAUGAAGUUGAUAUUUUAGUUAGGAGCGCUAGAUAAUGAACAAAUAAGAAAAAUAUAUAGAAGGGCAGUUGCUGAUAAGUGCUGUGGGGAAAAAUAAAGCAUAAAGCUGGGAAGAGAGAUAGGAGCUCCAGGAAAGGGGGGUUGCUAUUUUAAUAGAGUGGUCAGGGAAAACUCCCUGAUAAGGGUGCCCUGGAGCUGUGGCCUAGAGGAGCUCUCAUUCCAGGCAGAGGGAACAGCAAACACCAAGAUCCCAGACUGGCCUGCUCACGGUGUACUGGGAAUCAGCAAAGAGACCAAUAGGCCCAGGCUGCUUUGAGAAAGAAGAAUCGUAAGGUUUUUGUUUUUAGUUAUUUUGUAUUAAGUAUUCUAUACCAAAUGCUCUUUUAUAAAAAAGAUUUAUUUAUUUAUGCAUACAGGAACUGGGGUGUAGGCCAGAGGUGCAGGGGGUGAGAGGAUUCACCAGAGAGUGGGGAGCAGAACAGGCAGGUAUACUGAAAUACACUGCUGAGGGGAGUAGCGGGCAAGGCAGGAGAGGUCUGCUGCGCCAUGUGGGUAACUCCCUGGCUCAUGGUGCAGUGGCCUGAUAGCUUGAUAGCACUGUCUUUAACCCCUGCGCCACCAGGGAGGCCCCCCAAAUACUCUUGAGCUAUCUUUUAUUCUGUCUUUUCAACAUUUACUUACUGUGUGCCCACUAUAAGCUAGACUCAGUAUUUGGUGCUGGGGAGAAAGUGUUGAACGGAAUAGGCUGCUGGCCUUCCACGCUGAUCCCUGUAUUCACAUUCACAAAGUUUAUAGUCAAGGAGAUGAAGGCUCAUUAAACAAGGGCUGAUCUUAUAAUUGUGCAUGUCAUGGUUUAGUGGCCUCCUCGUGCCCAAGGUGGAUGAGCGGAAAACGGCCUGGGGUGAACGCAACGGGCAGAAGCGCAGGCACCAUGGGACUCGGACCGGUGGCUUCUGCACCCCCCACUAUAUGAGCUGCCUCCAAGAUGCACAGCCCCCCAGCCCCACCCCUGCAGCUCCCCGCCGAUGUCCCUGGCAGGAUGAGACCUUCGUCCGGAGGGGUGGCCCAGGCAAGGGUACCGAGCUGGGCCUUCGGGCAGUUGCCCUGGGUUUUGAAGACAUUGAGGCCACCUCAGCAGUUGGGGCAGCGGAGGUGGCACCUGAAGUGGCACCCAGAAGCCGGCGAUCCUGCUGGCGGCGUCUGGCACAGGUGUUUCAGUCGAAGCAGUUCCGCUCAGCCAAGCUGGAGCGCCUGUACCAGCGGUACUUCUUCCAGAUGAACCAGAGCAGCCUGACGCUGCUGAUGGCGGUGCUCGUGCUGCUCACGGCUGUGCUGCUGGCCUUCCACGCUGCGCCCGCCCGCCCUCAGCCUGCCUAUGUGGCCCUGCUGGCCUGUGCCGCUGCCCUCUUUGUGGCGCUCAUGGUGGUGUGUAACCGACAUAGCUUCCGCCAGGACUCCAUGUGGGUGGUGAGCUAUGUGGUGCUGGGCAUCCUGGCGGCCAUACAGAUUGGGGGCGCCCUGGCAGCCAACCCUCACAGCCCCUCCGUAGGCCUCUGGUGCCCUGUGUUCUUCGUCUACAUCACCUACACGCUCCUACCCAUCCGCAUGCGGGCAGCUGUCUUCAGCGGCUUGGGUCUCUCCACCCUGCACUUGAUCUUGGCCUGGCAGCUCAACCAUGGUGAUGCCUUUCUCUGGAAGCAGCUUGGUGCCAACAUGCUGCUGUUCCUCUGCACCAACGUCAUUGGUAUCUGCACACACUACCCGGCUGAGGUGUCUCAGCGGCAGGCCUUUCAGGAGACCCGAGGUUACAUCCAGGCCAGGCUGCACCUGCAGCGUGAGAACCGGCAGCAGGAGCGGCUGUUGCUGUCGGUGUUGCCCCAGCACGUUGCUAUGGAGAUGAAAGAAGACAUCAACACAAAAAAAGAAGACAUGAUGUUCCACAAGAUCUACAUCCAGAAGCAUGACAAUGUCAGCAUCCUGUUCGCGGACAUCGAGGGCUUCACCAGCCUGGCCUCCCAGUGCACUGCCCAGGAGCUGGUCAUGACCCUGAAUGAGCUCUUCGCCCGGUUUGAUAAGCUGGCUGCGGAAAAUCACUGCCUGAGGAUCAAGAUCUUAGGGGACUGUUACUACUGCGUGUCAGGGCUGCCGGAAGCCCGCGCGGACCAUGCCCACUGCUGCGUGGAGAUGGGGGUGGACAUGAUCGAGGCCAUCUCGCUGGUGCGCGAGGUGACGGGUGUGAACGUGAACAUGCGCGUGGGCAUCCACAGCGGGCGCGUGCACUGCGGCGUCCUUGGCCUGCGGAAGUGGCAGUUUGACGUGUGGUCCAACGAUGUGACUCUGGCCAACCACAUGGAGGCCGGGGGCCGGGCCGGCCGCAUCCACAUCACUCGGGCCACGCUGCAGUACCUGAAUGGGGACUACGAGGUAGAGCCAGGCCGGGGCGGCGAGCGCAACGCUUACCUCAAGGAGCAGCACAUCGAGACCUUCCUCAUCCUGGGAGCCAGCCAGAAGCGGAAAGAGGAGAAGGCCAUGCUGAGCAAGCUGCAGCGGGCGCGGGCCAACUCCAUGGAAGGGCUGAUGCCGCGCUGGGCGCCCGACCGCGCCUUCUCUCGGACCAAGGACUCCAAGGCUUUCCGCCAGAUGGGCAUUGAUGACUCCAGCAAGGACAACCGGGGUGCCCAGGAUGCCCUGAACCCUGAGGACGAGGUCGACGAGUUCCUGGGCCGGGCCAUCGAUGCCCGCAGCAUUGACCAGCUGCGCAAGGACCACGUGCGCCGCUUCCUGCUCACCUUCCAGAGAGAGGAUCUGGAGAAGAAGUACUCCCGGAAGGUGGACCCCCGCUUCGGAGCCUACGUCGCCUGCGCCCUCUUGGUCUUCUGCUUCAUCUGCUUCAUCCAACUCCUCAUCUUCCCACACUCCACCCUGAUGCUUGGGAUCUACGCCGGCAUCUUCCUGCUCUUGCUGGUCACCGUGCUGACCUGUGCCGUGUACUCCUGUGGCUCUCUGUUCCCGAAGGCCCUGCAGCGUCUGUCCCGAAGCAUCGUCCGCUCGCGGGCGCACAGCACUGCGGUGGGCAUCUUCUCCGUCCUGCUCGUGUUCACCUCUGCCAUCGCCAACAUGUUUUCCUGUAACCACACCCCCAUACGGACCUGUGCAGCCCGGAUAUUGAAUUUAACACCCACUGACAUCACCGCCUGCCACCUGCAGCAGCUCAAUUAUUCUCUGGGUCUGGAUACUCCUCUGUGUGAAGGCGCCGCACCCACCUGCAGCUUCCCUGAGUACUUCAUUGGGAACAUGCUGCUGAGUCUCUUGGCCAGCUCUGUCUUCCUGCACAUCAGUAGCAUCGGGAAGCUGGCCAUGAUCUUUGUCCUGGGGCUCGUCUACUUGGUGCUGCUUUUGCUGGGUCCCCCAGCCACCAUCUUCGACAACUAUGACCUGCUGCUCGGUGUCCAUGGCUUGGUUUCUUCCAAUGAGACCUUUGAUGGGCUGGACUGCCCAGCUGCAGGGAGGGUGGCGCUCAAAUACAUGACCCCUGUGAUUCUGCUGGUGUUUGCACUGGCACUGUAUCUGCAUGCCCAGCAGGUGGAAUCGACUGCCCGCCUGGACUUUCUCUGGAAACUGCAGGCUACAGGGGAGAAGGAGGAGAUGGAGGAGCUCCAGGCCUACAACCGGCGGCUGCUGCACAACAUUCUGCCCAAGGAUGUGGCCGCCCACUUCCUGGCCCGGGAGCGCAGGAACGAUGAGCUUUAUUAUCAGUCGUGUGAGUGCGUGGCUGUCAUGUUUGCCUCCAUUGCCAACUUCUCUGAGUUCUACGUGGAGCUGGAGGCAAACAAUGAGGGCGUGGAGUGCCUGCGGCUGCUCAAUGAGAUCAUCGCCGACUUUGACGAGAUUAUCAGCGAGGAGCGGUUCCGGCAGCUGGAGAAGAUCAAGACGAUUGGCAGCACCUACAUGGCAGCCUCCGGGCUGAAUGCCAGCACCUACGAUCAGGUGGGCCGCUCCCACAUCACUGCCCUCGCUGACUACGCCAUGCGCCUCAUGGAGCAGAUGAAGCACAUCAACGAGCACUCCUUCAACAACUUCCAGAUGAAGAUCGGGCUGAACAUGGGCCCCGUCGUGGCAGGCGUCAUCGGGGCUCGGAAGCCGCAGUAUGACAUCUGGGGGAACACAGUGAAUGUCUCUAGCCGGAUGGACAGCACAGGUGUCCCUGACCGCAUCCAGGUGACCACGGACCUGUACCAGGUUCUAGCUGCCAAGGGCUACCAGCUGGAGUGUCGAGGGGUGGUCAAGGUGAAGGGCAAGGGAGAGAUGACCACCUACUUCCUCAAUGGGGGCCCUAGCAGUUAGCAGGACCCACCUGCAAAUUCAGCUGAAGAGACCUCGGUGAGCAUUUGAGCGGAUUCUGUGCUCGCUGGUGGAGCCGUGGCAGGGGUCACUGAGCCGCCAGAGCCUGCGGACCACAAAAGGGAAUACCCCAGCAGGCUGUGCUUGGACCCUGCUCGUCUGCCCUCAGGCUGGUGAAUGAGGGAAUACCAAGAGGAUUAUGCAAGUGACUUUUAAACUGGGUUAGAGUUGCCCCUUGCCUUUCUUCCAGCUUUCGGGAACAGGGGAUGGGGCGGCAGCAGAGGCAGAGCGCGCCCUCCUGCCUGAAGAUUAAAAUGGCAGCUUGCCUUGCCUACCCUUCCCCUGCCUGUCUGCAGCAGGCGCAGGGUGGGCCCUUCCUUUCCCUCUUUUUCCUGGGAAUAUUUUGUACGAAGACUGGGGCAGGCAGGAGGAGUGCCUACCCUGUGCUUGUCUUUGCUGUGCCUGCAUCCCCAGCACCAGUUCUGGUACCCACCACCCAGCCUGGUCUUCCUCCUAGGCCGAGGAGGGAGAUGCUCUGGGGGCCCAGUUCUGCUGAUUUUUCAGAGGAAUGUUUCCAUUUGCCAAAUCCUAGUCCCACGAUCUGUCCCCAAAGGGGAACAACGGGACUUCUGACAGCUCAGAUUCAGCUCCAGUUCCUGCAUCUUUCCAGGGAAAGGGGCAUCUGGCCUCACUGGUACUGUGAAAAUGUUCAACCAGAUGAAAAGCAUGUGUGCGGGGAUGUCAGACCAGGAGCUGGAAGGUCACCUGCAGGUGCCAAAGAGAGUGGACUGGCUAGGGAGGGCGCUGGUGCCAGACUCUGAUCCAAGGGCCCCACCACACUCUCGCUGUCUCUUCGCCAGGGGCCACAGAGCAUCUUUACCCCUUCUAUUGCCAAAUAGAAAAAAAAUCAGGGCUGGGAAGAAGAUGACCCUGAUCCCAAUCUUGUCCUCCCAAGCCUCUGGUGUGGGAGGCCUGUUUGUCUGUGUAACUGUGCGUGCGUGUCAGUCUUUGUGUGCGUGUCUGUCCUGCAGGGGUGUGUGCCCUUGUGCUCUUGCUCCUCAGCUCUCCACCCCAGGUUGCUUCUCUCCUGUGGGCCUCUGUCUUCUGGGAAUAGGGUUUCCUAUUUCAAGGGAUGCACAGGAAUAGGAUGGGGUGUGGCAACAGGAGGGUGGCUCUGGGGAGAGGAGUCCUUUUUGUGCCAAAUCCCUAAGUGCCAUUUGGGGGCCAUGUGUGCAGCAUGACUGUCUCCCUGCCUGGAGCAGGGACCCGGGGGCCUGCUUGAGCCCCAGUGCUCCACGCACUUGAACUGUCUGGGGUUUGGUGGGCAGAAACUCAGGAAUUUCCUGGGAUCCCCAGCUUGUGUUCUGGGACGUGCUGAGCUUUGGGACUGGGGUAGCAUGGGAUCCCUCUGAGGACCCACUUACUCGGUACUAGGGAGCGUGGCAGGGGACCCUGAAACUAGGCCUUCCCCCGCUGUUAGCCUGGCUCUCGUGUGUUCCUGGCUCUCCAAUCUCCAUGAAGCCCGUGGGCUGGCCAGAGGGUCAGGAAGCUGGACUCUGGGUUCCCUUCUGUCCCUGCCUUCCUUGCACCCCUGUCCCGUAACCUUCCCUCUGACCUGAAUUAGUUGGUACUUUGGUUUCUCUGUUUGUACCUACUUAAGCCAGAGGCAUUAGCCUGAAUUGUGCUUGAAGAUCGCUUUAUCUUGGAGGUGAGGAGAGAGGUGGGGAGAGAGGGUGACAGGGCUGGGGCAUGGAAAGGGCAGGUGCCACUCUUGCCCUUCCCGAUCUCGCUCCUGGAGAAGCCUGGUUCCUGACACUGCCCACCCUGUGGGAUCCCCGUGAAUCAACCAAAUGGGCCAUCAGGCACUUUACUAGCCAAGGCAGGAAAAGAGGAAAAGACUAGUGGGUCUAGCCAGAAAAUCCACUCCCUUCCUAUAGCCAUAUCUCCAGAUAGGAAGGGACCGCCGGGAGCCCUGGAAUGGGGGUGAAAAUAGAAGUGGCCCGGAGUGGGAAGACCUCAGCCUUGGGUGGACUCGUCUUUGCUACUUGCCAGUGGGAGGUGCCUGUCUGCACCCUGACUCCCUAUACCACAGUGCCAGCCACGCCGUUCCCCUGGGCUCCCACUGCACCCUUCCUCCUCAGUUGGGGGGGACGUCAGUGGACGGGAGGCCCCUGGAUUUUGAUUUUAUAAUGUAACCACUGGGGGGGGGGAGGGUGGUGUACCAUGUAUUUCAGUGAAAUAUUUAAUAUAUUUAAGUAUCAAUAAAAUCAGACUCUUUGUAAAAUUUCCUGUUCGGUGCAGUUGUUCUGGGCCCCGGGUUGUGAGAGUGGCAGGUCCUGAUGCAGGGGGCAGCUGCGCACCUGUCUUGGCUGUGGCCAGAGCUCUCCUUUGGUUUUUCCUCUGCCGAGGUAAAGCCGCGGUAUCUUCAGAGAAUUUUUCUAGCUCUUCAGUUCACAACGGCCAUUGGUGCGUGUGCCCGUAUUUGUUGCUCUGGUUCCUGCCAUGCGUGAAGUUAAGACCCCUGUGGUAGUUUUUCUAGUGCUCUGGCCCUGCCCAACCAAACCCCAAGUUCUGGCUCCUUCAUGAAUCUUUUACACCCCUGAGCUCACAGGAAUUUGCACGUUGGAAUGGCUUCCCUCCCCCUCACUUCCAGUGCACACGGUGACUUUUAGUCCAAUCUGUUUACUCUGCCUUUCCCAUUCUCUGCCCCCAAUUUGUCAGCUGAACCAGGACACCCUUCCCCUCCUCUUUCCCCUCUGUGCUUGCAGAGUCCAUGCUGGGCUUCUGGAGCUCUGGCAGGCUCAGUACAGGCUGAAGAGUCUGUCAUUGAGAAUGGCGUGAUCCAUAAACCUGGAAAAGAGGGUCAGUCUCAGAUUGAGCCUGGCCAGGCUGGAGUGCCUGUGUGGGAGUGGGAGUGUGUGAGCGUGUGUGUGUCUUUAUCCAUCCUAAACCGCUCCAGAGGCUGCCUCAGGGCAGAAUGGGCAGGUGUUUGAGGCAGUAGGGCCCGUGCCUGUGGACGGUGGUUGCAGGGGAGCGGAAGGAACUGGAAACAACCCGGGACCCCCACAGGAAUGCUUCGACGCUUCUCUCACGUCUGCUCAGAAGCCAUACCCAGAAGGUGAGACGCCAAGACAGACAAAUUUGAAUGACGCCACCGCCCAGAUUGUGGGGCUAGCUUUCCCUGGCCCCUGACUCGGGGUAAAGAUGAAAGUCUCUAAGGAUUUAAGUGAGGGGCAGGAAUACUUCAUCUCCCUGCCCUCACCUCUCCCAGGCUGACCUGGUCAUUGGGCUUUUGAUGAGGCUGUGUCGGGGGCUCUGGAUCCACGGCAUGGCCUUCUCCGGGCGCACUCCUGGAUCAUGGGACCGCCAGAAGCUGAAGUUCUGAGCAUCAGUCAAGGGGACUUUGAAGACCUGAUUGGGAACUGAAUGGUUGGGAGGAAGGCAGUUACUCCAUUUCUUGUGAGAGUUGUCUGCUCCCUUUGUGCUUCAGGGCACCAGCCACCCAGCCUGGCGACUGGGUCUGACCAGGUGCCGAGCAGUCCUGAGAACUCGGGCACCACACCCAGCCUCGCUUCCGGAUUCCAGCACCUCACGCCCUUCACGGUCACUUAAGUCAGUCUUGGUUCUCCCCGGUGCCAGUCAGCCCAUCUCUAUGAACGCCAUCUCCAAAUACCAAGAUGGUAGAAAAACAAGUGCUCAGCCCACUUGGGAAAUGUGCAAGAUGGGGCCACUGUGGUUUUUUUUUUUUUUUAACCCUUUCCCCUCCUUUCCAAAACAAAUCCUUCUUUUUGCUCAUUCCAGGUAAUUCUCUAAAACAAUGAUAACACCUUGUGUUUACAUACUACUGAUUGAUAUAAUUUAUUAAGUGCCUAU